AUGAGGUUCUCACAUAUCCUCCCUCUGGCUGCCCUGAGCGCCGCAUUUGUCGUCCCAAACGAACAGGUCUUUAGCGAAUUGUCAAUCGAUGACACUACCCAUGCUCGUGCACACCAGGGAGCUUGGUCCGAGCAGGUUCUUUCUGAAGUGAAGAAUGACUUCGCCGAAGCCGAAAAGAGCAUCAAGGAGGCAUCAAACAAUGCCAAACACGCACUUGAUGAAGCCUUCAGCUCCGCAUCGGACUUUGGAAGCUCGAUGACAACCAAGUUCCAGGAGACUGCUUUCGAUGCUAAGUCUUGGUUCGAGUCUGCUGCCAACAACGCAUACGAUGCUUUGGACAGCCAUGAGGAGCACCCUCACCCUCCUCAUCACGAUGACCCUCACCACGGUGAACCUCAUCACCCUCCUCCUCCUCACCACGGAGGCCCUCACCAUGGCCACAAGCCCAAUGAGACCGUCUGGCAGCUCCUUAGCUCUUCUAAGUACACCGAGAAGUUCUCCAAGCUCAUCAGCGAGUACCCUGACCUCGUUGAGAAGCUGAACUCUACCGACUCUGGCAAUUUCACUAUCUUCGCUCCCAAGGACACUGCUUUCCCUGACCAUCCUCCUCACCACAAGCCUAGCAAGGAGAUGAUCAAGAAGUUCAUCGAGUACCACAUCAGUGACGACUUCUACCCUGCUGGCAGAGUCCUUCUCACCCACACCAUCCCUACUCUCAUGGAGGGUGAGCACUUGCCUGGUAAGGCUGCUCAGAGACUUAGCGUCCACCUCGGUCUCAAAGGCCUGACCAUCAACUUCUACUCUCGUGUUGUUGCCGUCAACAUUUUCGGCACAAACGGUGUCAUCCACGGAGUUGAUAACCUUCUCAUUCCUCCUCCAAGAGCUUUCAAGAUCAUUGACCUUUUGCCUUCUGAGUUCUCUACCUUCGAGUUGGCUCUUGGCAAGACUGGUCUCCUUGAUGCUUACAACAGCACCGACCACCCCAGUGGUACUCUGUUUGCUCCUUCCAACUUUGCCUUCCAGAAGCUCGGCCCCAAGAUCAACGGCUUCCUAUUCAGCGAGUAUGGCCGCAAGUACCUCAAGGCCUUGAUCCUCUACCACACUGUGCCCGAUAAUGUCCUCUACAGUGACGCUUUCAUCAAGGCCGAGGGACAUGACGGCAUCCCCAAGGGACACUGGCAUGUCGACCUGCCCACUGCCCUGGAGGACCACUCCUUGUCGGUUGAUGUCGGAAGAUACGGUGGUCUGAUUGACAUCAAGAUCAACGCCUUCUCCCGCGUCAGUGUCCAAGAUGGUAUUGCCGCAGAUGGAGUCAUCCAGGUCGUCAGCGACGUCUUGAUCCCUCCCAAGAAGCUCGGUAGCGCUAAGCUCAGAAGCUUCAACUGGUUCGGUUCCGAGAAGGAGCUCACGCUCGAGGAGUUCAAGGUCAGAUUUGAGCCUUAUGUCGAGAGAAUGAUUGACCUCUAA